AUGACAUCUCUUCAAAAGGCAACUAGUCAAGAUGCAAGAAUUAAUCAAAUGAGAAGAGAAUCCACUGUUUUAGGUCCAAUGAAUAAAAUAUUAGUAGCCAAUAGAGGGGAAAUCCCCAUUAGAAUUUUUAGAACUGCUCAUGAAUUAUCUAUGCAAACCGUUGCCAUUUAUUCUCAUGAAGAUAGAUUAUCUAUGCAUCGUUUAAAAGCUGAUGAAUCUUAUGUUAUUGGUAAAAAAGGUCAAUUUUCUCCUGUUGGAGCUUAUUUACAAAUUGAUGAAAUUAUUCAAAUUGCUUUAAAACAUAAUGUUAAUAUGAUUCAUCCCGGUUAUGGUUUCCUUUCAGAAAAUAGUGAAUUUGCUAAAAAAGUUGAAGAAAAUGGAUUAAUUUGGAUUGGUCCAUCUUAUAAAACUAUUGAUUCUGUUGGUGAUAAAGUUAGUGCUAGAACUUUAGCUCUUGAAAAUAAUGUCCCCGUAGUUCCUGGUACUCCUGGUCCUAUUGAAUCAGUUGAUGAAGCAAAAAAAUUUGUUGAAAAAUAUGGAUUACCAGUUAUUAUUAAAGCAGCAUUUGGUGGUGGUGGUAGAGGUAUGAGAGUUGUUCGUGAAGGUGAUGAUAUUGAAGAUGCUUUUAAACGAGCAACUUCAGAAGCUAAAACUGCUUUUGGUAAUGGUACUCGUUUUAUUGAAAGAUUUUUAGAUAAACCAAAACAUAUUGAAGUUCAAUUAUUAGCUGAUAAUUAUGGUAAUGUCAUUCAUUUAUUUGAAAGAGAUUGUUCAGUACAAAGAAGACAUCAAAAAGUUGUUGAAAUUGCUCCAGCGAAAAAUUUACCUAAACUGGUUCGUGAUGCCAUUUUAACUGAUGCCGUUAAAUUAGCUAAAAGUGCCAAUUAUAGAAAUGCCGGUACCGCCGAAUUUUUAGUUGAUGAACAAAAUAGACAUUAUUUUAUUGAAAUUAAUCCAAGAAUUCAAGUUGAACAUACUAUUACUGAAGAAAUCACUGGUGUUGAUAUUGUUGCUGCUCAAAUUCAAAUUGCUGCUGGAGCUUCAUUACAACAAUUGGGAUUAUUACAAGAUAAAAUCACUACUAGAGGUUUUGCUAUUCAAUGUAGAAUUACUACUGAAGAUCCAACUAAAAAUUUCCAACCUGAUACUGGUAAAAUUGAAGUUUAUAGAUCAGCUGGUGGUAAUGGAGUUAGAUUAGAUGGUGGUAAUGGAUUUGUUGGAUCAAUUAUUUCUCCUCAUUAUGAUUCAAUGUUAGUUAAAUGUUCUUGUUCCGGUUCAACUUAUGAAAUUGCUCGAAGAAAAAUGUUGAGAGCUUUAAUUGAAUUUAGAAUUAGAGGUGUUAAAACUAAUAUUCCAUUUUUAUUAGCACUUUUAACUAAUGAAAUAUUUAUUACUGGUGAUUGUUGGACAACUUUUAUCGAUGAUACUCCAUCACUUUUCCAAAUGAUUAGUUCUCAAAAUAGAGCCACGAAAAUGUUAUUAUAUUUGGCUGAUCUUGUUGUUAAUGGAUCAUCAAUUAAAGGUCAAGUGGGGUAUCCUAAAUUAGAUACUGAUGCUAUUAUUCCAGAGAUUCAUGAACCUAAAACUGGUAUUACUAUUGAUGUUGAUCAUACUCCUCCACCUCGUGGUUGGAGACAAGUAUUACUUGAAGAAGGUCCUGAAGUAUUUGCUAAAAAAGUUCGACAAUUUAAUGGUACUUUAAUUACUGAUACUACUUGGAGAGAUGCUCAUCAAUCAUUAUUAGCCACUAGAGUUAGAACCAUUGAUUUAUUAAAUAUUGCUCCCACUACAGCUCAUGCAUUAAAAGGAGCUUUUUCAUUAGAAUGUUGGGGUGGAGCCACUUUUGAUGUUUGUAUGAGAUUUCUUUAUGAAGAUCCAUGGGCUAGAUUAAGAAAAUUAAGAGCUUUAGUACCCAAUAUCCCUUUCCAAAUGCUUUUAAGAGGUGCAAAUGGUGUUGCUUAUUCAUCAUUACCAGAUAAUGCUAUUGAUCAAUUUGUUAAAGAAGCUAAAGACAAUGGAGUGGAUAUUUUCCGAGUAUUUGAUGCAUUAAAUGAUUUAGAUCAAUUAAAAGUGGGGAUGGAUGCUGUUAAAAAAGCUGGUGGAGUAGUGGAAGCUACUGUUUGUUAUUCUGGUGAUAUGAUGAAACCAGGUAAAAAAUAUAAUUUACAAUAUUAUUUAAAUGUUGUUGAUGAAAUUGUUAAAAUGGGUACUCAUUUCUUAGGAAUUAAAGAUAUGGCUGGUACUUUAAAACCAGCAGCUGCUAAAUUAUUAAUUGGAGAAAUUAGAAAUCGUUAUCCUGAUUUACCAAUUCAUGUUCAUACUCAUGAUUCUGCUGGUACUGGUGUUGCAUCAAUGACAGCAAGUGCUAUUGCUGGAGCUGAUGUUGUUGAUGCUGCUUCAAAUUCAAUGUCAGGAUUAACUUCUCAACCUUCAAUUAGUGCCAUUUUAGCUUCAUUAGAAGGAUCUAUUGAAACUGGACUUUCAGAAUCUAUGAUUAGAGAAUUAGAUAAUUAUUGGGCUCAAAUGAGAUUAUUAUAUUCAUGUUUUGAUGCUGAUUUGAAAGGACCUGAUCCUGAAGUUUAUCAACAUGAAAUUCCUGGAGGUCAAUUAACUAAUUUAUUAUUUCAAGCUCAACAAUUAGGUUUAGGUACUAAAUGGGUUCAAACUAAAGAAACUUAUAAAAUUGCUAAUCAAAUAUUAGGUGAUUUAGUUAAAGUCACUCCAACAUCAAAAGUUGUUGGAGAUUUAGCUCAAUUUAUGGUGAGUAAUACUUUAACAGAAGAAGAUGUUAAUAGAUUAGCAUCAGAAUUAGAUUUCCCUGAUUCAGUAUUAGAUUUUUUCCAAGGAUUAAUGGGGACACCAUAUGGAGGAUUUCCUGAACCAUUAAGAACUAAUAUUUUGGGUAAUAAACGUCAAAAAUUAGAUCAAAGACCAGGAUUAACUUUACCACCAGUUGAUUUUACUGCCAUUAAAGAAGAAUUAACAUCACGUUAUGGAACUCAAAUCACUGAAACUGAUAUUGCUUCUUAUGUUAUGUAUCCUAAAGUAUUUGAACAAUUUAGAAAAAUUGUUGAUAAAUAUGGUGAUUUAUCAGUAUUACCAACUAGAUAUUUCCUUAAACCAUGUAAUAUUGGUGAAGAAUUAACCGUUGAUAUUGAACAAGGUAAAACAUUAAUUAUUAAAUUAAUGGCUGUUGGGGAUGUUUCUGAUAAAACUGGUACUAGAGAAGUAUUUUUCGAAUUAAAUGGUGAAAUGAGAUCAGUUUCAGUGGAAGAUAAAACUGUUUCUGUUGAACUGAAAACUAGACCAAAAGCUUCAUUACCAAAUGAAGUUGGUGCACCAAUGGCUGGUGUAGUAAUUGAAAUUAGAGCUCAUAAACAUCAACAAAUUGCUAAAGGUGAUCCAAUUGCCGUAUUAUCAGCUAUGAAAAUGGAAAUGGUUAUUAGUGCUCCUUGUUCUGGAGAAAUUGGUGAUAUUUUGAUUCAUGAAGGUGAUUCAGUUGAUGCUAAUGAUUUAAUCACCAGUAUUCAUUAG